GAAUUCGCAACAAAUAUGGGGCGGUGAGUUAUUGAGUGUUAGCUUUUGUUUCUAUUUUUACGUUCAGCUUGAAAUGUUCAUUUAAAUAUAUUGUUUGAAUGUUAUUUUAAGUACCAUUAACUUCAGUCUAGCAGGAUAUGCAGGACAGAUUGUCACGAACCGACCGACAGCAUCACACUUUCGUGAUAUAUGUGUUUACCGUUAUCAAACUCCAGUUUUGUUAUUCAUUUGUAGCUCUAGGCAUAGUCGACCUAAACAUAUCAACCCCCUGGUAGCAUUCAUAUUUACUAACCUACGGGUUAAAAUAAUAAACACUACGUCGGCUUCCGAUUGAUAGACGGGUCAAAGGUCUGCGUAAGUUUGCUGUGGUGUUUUUACCGAGAAGCUUGUUGGCUGAAAAAUCACACUAAAUUGCCAUUGCAGUUGGCUUUCUGAGGUGAUUUUCGUCUGGGAAAUAGUUUUCGUUCAGUUCGGACAUUUGCUUCCGGAGAAAGAGAGAACUAUAAAAAUCCACUUGUUUAUCAACCCAAAAUUUCCCCUACCUUGAUAUAAUUGUGAUUGGCAUCAGUGUGUUAAAUAAAGAUGUCUUAACACUAUUUUCGUCAGGUGGGAAAUGACCUAGUGGUUCAUGUACUCAAUCUUAAAACAGCGGGUUGGCUCUCCGAGCUCCACUUUCUUUACUUUGGUUUACUCUUACUAUUACAAUGUAUGGAUUUCUGUUCUGAAUUAAUAUAUUCGUUUUGAAAGACGUCGAGAUGACGAUCAUUCGCGUAACAGAAAACGUCGGUCGCGAUCUCGUUCCCGCUCUCGUUCUCCUGUUCUUCCUAGGAGGGCAUUUUCAUCUACUUUAGAAGGGUCUCUACCUUUAGCUGCUUCGUUGCCAACAUCUUCAUUAAUGGGUUCGUUACUAGCUGCUCAGGCAAAAGCAGCUGAAGAAGCGGCUGCCAAAGCCAAGGCAGAAACGUCUAAACCUGCAGUUGGUACUAUGACUGCUAUUGCGAAUGCAGCAGCUGAUAUGAUCAAAGCUGCUCGUAAUUCUGGUCAAGGUAUCGCAGGUAUGGAGGGUGCUCUUGUCAUUACUCCGAAUAUGGACAAAGAUAUUGAACAGCGUCGUCUUGAUCUUGAAAUGCAAAAGAGACGAGAACGAGUAGAAAGGUGGCGACGAGAGAGAAGGCUCAAACAAGAUAUUCUUGCAGCACAACAGAGACUUGCAGAGAGCACCAGAGGAACUACUAUUAAUAAGUGGAAUCUAGAGGAUGAUGAAGACGAAGAAGAUGCAAAUAAAAAGAAUGUUCAGAUGGAAAAAUCUACAGAAGAUGAUGACGUAGAUCCACUGGAUGCUUAUAUGCAGGUGUGUCCUCGUAAUGAACCCAUGUUCUGUUUUUUUUAAUGUUCGUUGUCGUUUGCUUUUGAGUGAUUUGUCACGUGACUACAAACAAUUAAGGCUUUUUAUAGAUAGGGAUUCUAUGUAUCUUGAAUUCUUCGGAUACAUGAGUUUUUUUUAGUGUGUAUUAAAAUCUAAUAUACAAGAUUCUAAGUCGUGUAACUGUUACUUGACAAUUGAAAGCUAGACGCUUGUAACAUUUUCGUAUAAUAGUUUUCUUCACUUUCAUACAAGAUAGCCAGUGAUCGUUUCUUUUACAGUUUGAACAGUUACAGUUUGUUGCCAUAACACAUUGUUUUAUAUUCACCAAUCCACUAAGGAUCAGUUCGACAUCUUAUUGUUCAUAUAUUUUAGGUAUAUAAACACGGCUCGCUAUUCACAAUCUACAGCUUCUGUCUUGUUUCCUUUGACCGUCUGGGUUCAAAUUUUGUGCUUGUAGCGGUUAUGGUGAAUUAUAUAUUAAAUACACGAAAUAUUUGUUAAUUAUAAUAUUUUACUUUAUCCCAAUAACGUAAUAUCUGUAAACGUACAUUUGUGUACAUAAUUCUUCCUUGCGAAUUUAAUAGAAAUAUUACUUGUUGAAAAUGGAUAUCAUUUAGAUAAUGUUAGAUCAUGUUUUUCAGAUAAUACUGUCUUACAUUUUAUACAUAUAUAGUCAUUAGUAUAGAAUGUUUGCUGUAAAAUAAAGUAGUAACACAGUAUCACAUAUAAAUCUCUGGUAUCUAAUAUUCCGGCGUACUUAUGGACCUUCACCCAAGGUGUCAUUUUUCAGUCCACUCAAACGAUGAAGGACAAGCAAAGAUCUGAGCUUUAUCGGAAGUUAAGCAUUUCAGGAGUUCAUACUUCCAUCAUGGAUCGUUGAUAGAGAACUAUCGAACCCUAAGUCAUAAUUGUUCGUUUCCUGGAGUUAGUUACUUAGUAAUUAUACCUAUUAAUAUUGUUUUAUGUCAACUUGAUAUGUUCGUGUGCUAAGCUACUAUUUUGCAACUCCAGCAGUGGAGGCUGCUGUUAUCUUCUUCCCUGCCCGCUAACUAGAAUAAGUUCAGUAAUUUUAUAGAGGCUCUGUCGAUAAAUACCAGUAGAAUCCAAAAUAUAUUUUAGAUAAUCGGUUGUAUAUCAAUUAUGAUGACCAUAGUUUAGGAACUAAGUAAUUUUCAGUUAACACAAAUCAUACUGAAAAAUUCAUUAAAAGGUCUAUGGACAGAAUAAAUUAAUGUAAUGAAAAUUCAUCUCAAAUCAAUAUUGAUUUUCUUUCGCCCAAGUUGUAUUUGGGAAUUCACCACCUCCAACAGAGCCACCGUGUUUAGUGAUGUAAUGCUGCUUGAUGUAUCUCCCAUAUUGUGCUAGUCUGUCUUUUAUGAAGGACUAAAAUGUAAUCCUUAUAGUUACAGGCCGCAUAGUAGAACUUCUGGGAAGUAAGUUUUAUUACAUUUCCUUACAGGGUAACAACGGAUGCCUCAAUCUACCAAUCCCUGUGGUUCAAUGACCCGGUUCAUUUUGGACGAGACAACUUUCUAUAUUAAUUUCAAUGGUUUGUGGAGUAUUGCCGUUUAUAAAAUUGUCCUACCUUCAAAGUUCGUCCAAGAAUCAUUUUGUAUGUAUGAUAUAACCAGCUCAUAUGUUUGGACUUUCACUGAGUAUAAUCAAUAUCAAAGGACAAGUGUUAUCCGGAGUCGAUCCCUAUAUCAAUUCUCAUGAAACUCAACUUAUAAGGUAGUUUCUGGUGUCUUUGAUAAAUAAUUAUUUUCAGUUUCUGCACCCACUCCUAUAGGUUUCCUAGGAAGGCAGAUAAUGUUUUCCACUUAUUAGGAUUAAUCCACUGUUUUUUCUGCAUUUCAGGAGUUGAAUAAUCAAGUUUCCGCUGGUCCUGAAACUACUAAAAAAGAUACUAAAAUUACUAAACAAUCUGAAAUUUCACUAAAAACUUCUAAAGAUACCGAUCACGCUUCUUCAGAUCCUUCAGUCAAACCUAAACAACAGUUAGUAAUUAAACGGAAAAGAAUUAUUGGGCGAGGUGAACUGAUGGAAAGUAACAUAGAUGAAUUAGAAUAUUCAUCUGAAGAAGAAGACACAACAAUUGAGGAUGCAUUGGCUCAGCUACAGAAAAAAGACAAACUUCAGCCUAUUGAUCAUUCCAAAAUUGAGUAUUUCCCCUUUCGCAAAAGUUUUUAUGUAGAAGUUCCAGAACUAGCAAAAAUGUCAAAGGAGGAUGUUAAAGCGUAUAGAGCUAGUUUAGAAAAUAUCCGCGUCCGUGGUAGAGAGUGCCCUAAACCCCUACGCAAUUGGGUCCAAGCAGGCAUUAGCUCUCGCCUUUUGGCUUGCCUAAAAAGGAAUAAUUUCGAUAAACCCACUCCAAUUCAGUGCCAGGCGUUACCCGUUAUAAUGUCUGGUCGCGAUAUGAUUGGUAUUGCCAAAACAGGGAGUGGGAAAACCCUAGCUUUUCUAGUACCGCUUAUGCGUCACUUGGAACAUCAAGCUCCUCUAAACCCUGGAGAUGGCCCGAUCGCCCUUCUACUGGCACCUACUCGGGAACUUGCACUACAAAUAUUUAAAGAAACAAAAAAGCUAUGUCAAGCCGCCGAUGCUCGCGCAGUUUGUGUCUAUGGUGGGACUGGUAUUAGUGAACAAAUUGCUGAACUUAAACGCGGAGCUGAAAUUAUUGUCUGUACACCUGGUCGGAUGAUCGAUAUGCUUGCUGCAAAUGGAGGGAGAGUAACCAAUUUACUUCGGUGCUCUUAUGUGGUUCUUGAUGAAGCAGAUCGUAUGUUCGAUCUAGGAUUUGAGCCUCAAGUUAUGCGAAUCAUCGAGAAUUGUCGUCCUGAUCGACAAACUUUAAUGUUUUCAGCUACAUUUCCUAGACAAAUGGAAAUCCUUGCCCGUAAAGUGCUAACGCUUCCCAUAGAAAUCCAAAUCGGUGGACGAUCGGUGGUUUGUUCAGACGUGGAGCAGCAUGCGUUCAUCUUGUCAGAAGAAGAGAAAGUUUACAAAGUUCUUGAACUUCUAGGAAUUUACCAAGAAGAGGGUAGUGUCCUUGUAUUCGUAGAAAAACAAGAGAGUGCAGAUGAGUUAAUGCGUGUUCUUUUGAAGUAUGGUUAUCCAUGUCUUUCUCUUCAUGGUGGCAUUGAUCAAUACGAUCGCGAUUCUGUUAUAAUGGAUUUUAAGCGUGGCAAUAUUCGUCUUUUAAUAGCCACAUCAGUCGCUGCUCGUGGUCUUGAUGUCACAGAUUUGCUUUUAGUUAUCAAUUAUGACUGUCCAAAUCACUAUGAGGAUUAUGUUCAUCGUUGUGGGCGUACUGGACGUGCUGGUCGCAAAGGGUUUGCCUAUACUUUUCUCACUCCCGAUCAGGAGCGCAGUGCUGGUGAUGUUGUUCGAGCAUUCAAGCAGAGUGGCCAAAAACCACCAGAGGAACUAAUGAAUAUGUGGAAUGCUUACAAGAUACGAAUGGAACAUGAAGGAAAAAAGGUAUACGGUUCUUCAGGUUUCCGUGGUAAAGGAUUCAUGUUUGAUGAAGUGGAAGCUCAGCUGAAUAGUGAAAAACGACGCCUGCAGAAAGCUGCUCUUGGUUUACAAGAUUCAGAUGACGAAGAUGGUGAUGGAAAUGUCGAUUGGGACUCGAAGAUUGAAGAUAUGUUGGCCACGAAAACAAAAAUUAAAGAUGUAUCAAAGAGUAAUGCAUCAGAAAAUGUAUCUGAAACUGUUGAAGUUAGUGCCCAAGCUGGACAAGCAGUUGUGAACGCAGCCUUAGCACUUGCUCGACAGAAGGCUGCACAGUUAGGACUCGUCAAACACUUGACUUCUGGUACUCCGACUGUUCCACAACCAAGCGCUGUUUUGAAUACCACCACAGUCAGCGACCCUAAUGCUACUAUUGCGGCUGCGGUUGCUGCUGUCACGAUACCUGUGCCUCCAGCUCCCACAAGCCGUACGUUGGCUGAACAAGCUGCCGAACGCUUAAAUGCUAAACUUGGUUACACUAAACAAACACCAGGCGCUGGUGAUGAGGAGGGUGCUGGUGCUAACACGAAUUCGGGAAGUGACAUGGUUAGAAGAUACGAAGAAGAACUAGUUAUCAAUGACUUCCCACAAAACGUCAGGUGGCGUAUCACUGGUCGCGAAAUGCUCAACCACCUUAGUGACUAUUGUGAUGUUGGCGUGUCUGUACGAGGAGUUUAUAUGCCACCUGCCAAAGCUAAGCAACAUAUACCCGAAGGUACAGAUGACAGACCACUGUACUUAUGUAUUGAGGCUGUCAACGAAAGACAAGUCGCUUUGGCUAAAAAAGAAAUUAUGCGUAUUAUCAAAGAAGAAUUAGUCAAAUUGCAAUCUGGCAAUUCAAUAAAUCGCGGACGCUACAAGGUUACUGGAGUUGUAGGAAGAGCUGAACUUCUAUCCUCGGUUUUUUUCUUAUCUGCUUUGCUGCUUUACAUAAAAGUUUCGAAUGCUUCUGCACAAAGUUUUUGGGCGAAUUUGAUUAACGUGCUCACAGUGGGCUUUUUAAUAUGUGUAGGAACAUUUUGCAAGGAACAGUGUAUCACCGUCUUCGGGAUUUUUAUCGCUUACGAACUUUAUGCCGUUUAUCAAAAAAUUUUAUCAAGUGGACAUGACUUCUCGUCUAAUAGUUUCAAAGACCAUUGCCAAAAAGACAAAACGUUCAAGGAUAUAGUUUCAUCUGCUUAUAAAAAAAUUCAGUUUAAGUUGUUUUCACCAGCGUGGUUUUCAUGUGCACCCGUCUACAGAAUGUUCAUUCUUCUAGUGUUUUUCAUUGCUAUAUUGAUUGCACGUAUUAAAAUAAUGGCUGGACAGUUGCCACAUUUUACAGAGUUUGAUAACCCAGCUUCUCAUGCACCUCCACUGACUCGUCGCCUCACUCAUCUUUACCUGGUUCCUGUUAAUCUAGGCUUAUUAAUAUUCCCUUCUAAUCUCUGCGCUGAUUGGACUUUGGGAAGUCUAAAGCUUAUUCAAGGCUGGGCAGAUCCACGUAAUAUUUUGACGCUGAUGGCCUUCAGUUUCAUCUUAUUGCUAGUUUUCAUUACUGUUAAUUGGAAAACACCUUUACAUCAAGGUCGAGCUGUAUGUAUGGCUCUGAGUUUGAUGAUAUUUCCCUUUAUACCAGCCAGUAAUUUAUUUUUUCCCGUUGGUUUCGUUGUUGCUGAGCGUGUUUUAUACACACCAAGUUUGGGCUUUUGUCUACUUAUUGGUUUGGGUUUUGAAAAUCUAAUUGGUCUUAAGUUUAUCCAGACAAACACUAUGAAAAGUUCAAAAUCAUCUGAAGUAAAGAAAGUUUGCAGCUUCAAAAAUGGUCUUCACUCUCGAAAAUAUCCUCGAAUCUCAAUGGGACUAGUCAUUAUCGCAUUCGUUUGUAAGACUGUUAGACGCAAUACAGACUGGUCGAACGAAUACAAUCUGUUUACAUCAGCGUUAAAAGUAAAUCCUAACAAUGCCAAAAUGUGGAAUAAUGUGGGGCAUUCUUUGGAAGCUGAAGGAAAGUACUCAGAAGCACUUGGCUACUUUAGAAAAGCUGUCAAUGUUCAGCCAAAUGAUAUGGGCGCUCGAAUUAAUGUUGGCCGCACAUAUGUAAACCUGGGAAUGCCAGAUAAAGCAGAAGAAGCGUAUUACGGAGCGCUUGAAUAUUUCCCUAAACCAAAGAAAGGUCAAACUUAUUAUGCUCGUGUUUCUCCCAAAGAUCUAAUGGUUUUUAUCAAUCUUGCCAAUUUAUAUAUCACUAAAUCACCCCCGAGGCUUGAGGAUGCUGCUACUCUUCUUCGUCGAGCCAUUUCACUGCGAUCUGAUUUUGUGGACGCUUACCAGAACUAUGGUAGUGUACUUAUCAAGUUAGGAAGGUAUAAAGAAGCUGAGGAAGCGUAUAGAAAUGCUUUAUUGUACCAACCGAAAAGCCCAGAUUUAAAUUACAACUUGGGAGUUGUCCUCUUGGAGUCUCAUAAGAAAUCAGAGGGUUUGUCUUAUCUAAACACUGCCUUAACUUACAAUCCACAACAUGAGCCUUCCCUGUUUGCUGUUGCAUCAACUCUUGGUGAAUCAGCUAAUCCUGAUGACCAGCUAAGAGCAAUAAACAUCUAUGAACAUCUUCUCAAACAAAAUUUUGAACCGAUCAAAGUACAUUUCGCCUUGGGUAUGUUACAAACUGAUAAAAAGAACUAUAUCAAAGCAUCUAAACAUUAUCAGAAUGUUAUUAUUCUGGAUUCUGAUCAUAAAGGUUCAUUAUUUAACCUAGCUCUACUUUAUCGGAAUCAUCUUGGAAAACCAGAUGACGCAAGGAAUCUCGCACUUCAUCUUAUCAAGGUUCAUCCUUCACAUAUAAAGUCUUAUUUACUUCUCGGAGAUAUAGAAUUAACUGAAAAAGCGAACAUAAAAUUAGCAAAGCAAUAUUUUGAAGAAGCGCUAAAAUUGGACCCAAAGAACAUUCAGGCAAAACAUAACCUUUGUGUUGCUUUGGCAGAUGAAGAUGAUCUAGAAAAAUCGGAAUCAUGCCUUUUAGAGGCUAUAGCCAUGGAACCAAAACCUCAAAACUAUUUACUACAACAUCUAGAAAUUAUACGUGGACGUCUGCAUUCUCGUGGAAAACAUGCAUAUACCAAGUUAAACAAUGAUAAGUAA